AUGGGGGGAACGGACCUCCUCAACAGGUUUCUGGGAUGCCUCUCCCUCUCCGUCUGCUGCAACUCUCGCCGGUGCAGCAGCUCGCCGGACGGCAAGGAUCCCUGCGAGCGCAAGGCUUUGACGGCCAGUGAGCAGACCUUUGAGGGAACCAGAACUUUGGCCUACCACCUGCAACCAAAGGUAACUCAAUUCCGUCUUCUUCUUCUUCUUCUUCUUCUUCCUCCUCCUCCUCCUCCUCCUCGCGUUUAUCCUUCUUCUGGUGGUCUUUUGCAGACCAUUGUUCUAAGGGUGUCUAUGCACUGCAAUGCUUGUGCGACCAAGGUCCGGAAGCACAUCUCCAAGAUGGAAGGUAAGUACGGAUGCCUCUCUGUCUCUCUCUCUCCCUCUCUCCCUCUAUCUCCUCUCUCUGUCUCUGUGUCUCUGUCUCUGUCUCUCUCUUUCUCUCCCUUUCUGUGGUUCUGCUCAGAGUUCGCAGCUUCAUCCUCUCUCUCUCUCUCUCUAACAGGAGUGGCGUGGUUUGAAGUGGACCUGGAAAGCAAGAAGGUGGUGGUGGUGGGGGACAUCACGCCAUUUGAGGUCCUGGAGAGCAUCUCCAAGGUCAAGUUUGCGGAGUUCUGGACGGCGUGA